AUGAACCAGGAUCAGGAAGUACCGGCCACUAUUAGUGAAAUUAGUCGACUUGGUUGUUUAUUUGGUUCUCCAUUCGGUACAUCUUGCUAUCAGUCUCAUCAGGAUCAUUAUAAAACUUCACCACCUACCGGUGUAUUCCCAGUAGAUUGGCGAGAACCCUGGCAUCAAGAAGGAAAUAGCUGUGAAACGGACGAUAGUGAGCAAUAUGUACCAGACUCUGAUUUUCAAAAUCAACAUUCUCCCAAUGAUAUAAAGUCGGAAAAUCCAAUGGCGAAUAUGAUUCACAAUAUGAGCAAAUCUUCACAUUAUUCUUCGCCGUACCUUCCGACGAACGAGGGCGUUGAAGGCAUUUACUCCGCUCAUUAUCAACACCCAGGGUUAUAUAGCAAUUCAAUUUACAAUAGGUCGUCACCGUCUCCAAAAACUAUUAUAGAAUCAGCACAUAUUUCACCAAGCAUCGAGGCACACAAUGUAUCACACUUGGCCAUAAAGCAGGAACCAUCAGAUCGAGAUUAUGAUGGUAAUUAUCGAAUGUGUAACAACUGUAGAUCAACGAAAAAAUAUUCGUCGUUAUAAAAAACAAAUAUUUCACUAAGAAAUGAUAAAAAUGACAUUGUUUUAGAAGACAAAAACAGAGACUCGCAGGAGAGAACAAAUCCAAUUCAAAACACCAGUGGAAGGAGGGGAUCUCUGCAACUGUGGCAAUUUCUGGUUGCCCUCCUGGAUGCUCCUGAUGCCAGUGCCGGUUGUAUAGCAUGGACUGGCAGAGGGAUGGAAUUCAAACUGAUUGAACCGGAGGAGGUUGCGAGACGUUGGGGAGCUCAGAAAAAUCGUCCUGCGAUGAACUAUGACAAAUUAAGUAGAUCCCUCAGGUACUACUAUGAAAAAGGAAUAAUGCAAAAAGUGGCAGGUGAAAGGUAUGUAUAUAAAUUUGUAUGCGAUCCCGAGGCUCUUUUCAAUAUGGCCUAUGGUAAUAAUUCGGAGAGUCAUGUUAAGAGUCAAAUGACAAACAGAUCGGACAGUCUCACCGGCAAAUCGGAUCCCCAUCAUCUUGCUUAUUCAGAAAUGCUCAACUUUUACAAUUGUGGCAUAAGUCAUCCAUAUCAGCACCUUCAUCCUUACUUACAAGAAGGAAAGAGUUUAUUUCUAAUGAAGCAUUUUAAGGAACAUAAUUAAAAGCAGCAACAGUACUUAAGAAGUAUAAAAAGGUAGAUAUUGUAUAUUAGGAAAAUAAUUUUAAUUAAAAA